GCGAGCGACGUCCAGACCGGCCCUCCCCGGCGCCCACGGGCGCGCACGCGCAUUCCGGCACCGCCCGCCCCUUCGUGCGAGACCCUCAUCCCGCCCGGGGCGCUGGGGGAGGGGGUGCGGACGUCGCUCCGCAGUCGCUUCCCGCGCGCAGGCGACCGACCCGCAGCCGCCUCCCUCGGGCGCCGUGGCCUGCCGCUCACCAUGUUUCCGGAAACGAAAAGGAGAGGGCACGAGCCGCAGAAGACGAGAGCGCUGCAGCCGCUGCCGGGACCCGACUGAACGCGGCCUCUCCCGGCCCCUUCCGUUUAGUAGGAGCCGCACAAUGAGGGGUGGGGCGGGCUUCCGGCGCUCCCACCGCGAGCCGACGGGAAAUGGAGUCCGCCGGCCCUGCGCCGCCGCCUCGCUCGCUGGGUAACGGAGUCUUCCCGCCGGCCGGCCCCGAGCUGCAGUGCAUGUAGGGAAAUGUAGGCCCAGGUCCCGGGCGGCACCGCAGCGCGCAGCGCGAGCCCAUUGGUCCAAUUUCCCAGGAACCGCUCUGAGCCCGGCGAGGCGGCGCUCAGUAAAAUGACCCGAAAACGAUCCCCGACUAAGCGGCUCUUUAUCCCACAGCAAAACGGCUUUCUUAAGACCCAUAUGGUAUUAUCUGGAUCCCUUGGCCUGAAAUUUUUGAAUGAGGUUAGGGUUUUGCAUUUCUGAAUCGAAGCAACUAUUGAUUAGCCUGGAAUCCCGACCUAAAGCAAAGGAAAUCACAAGUAUGAAGGCGUCGUCAGUCGGAUAAACACUAGUACUCUGCAUGUGUAAAGCCACUCUCGUCUCCUGAAAAAAGGCCAUGUCCAACGUCAGUAAAACAAGAAUAGGAGGAAAAGGCACAGGGGAAAGCCCCCGCCUCUCCUGGACUCUUUUCAAGACCAGUCUCCAUCUCCAGCCUCCUUCAAGCUUGAGGCUGAAGCUGACAAUCUUAAGAGACCUUAGAGCCGCCAAGCUCAGGUGUUCCAAUCCCGACUCCAGAACUGGCGGCGUCCCAGUCCCGCGGGCGUGGAGCGCCGGAGGACCCGCCCUCGGGCUCAUGGCGGCCCCGGUCCGCCUGGGCCGGAAGCGCCCGCUGCCUGCCAGUCCCAACCCGCUCUUCGUUCGCUGGCUGACCGAGUGGCGGGACGAGGCGACCCGCAGCAGGCGCCGCACGCGCUUCGUGUUUCAGAAGGCGCUGCGUUCCCUCCGACGGUACCCACUGCCGCUGCGCAGCGGGAAGGAAGCUAAGAUCCUACAGCACUUCGGAGACGGGCUCUGCCGGAUGCUGGACGAGCGGCUGCAGCGGCACCGAACAUCGGGCGGUGACCAUGCCUCGGACUCACUAUCUGGAGAGAACAGUCCAGCCCCGCAGGGGCGACCUGCGGAAGUCCAGGACUCUUCCGUGCCAGUUCCCGCCCAGCCCAAAGCGGGAGGCUCUGGCAGCUACUGGCCAGCUCGGCACUCAGGAGCCCGAGUGAUACUGCUGGUGCUCUACCGGGAGCACCUGAAUCCUAAUGGUCACCACUUCUUAACCAAGGAGGAGCUGCUGCAGAGGUGUGCUCAGAAGUCCCCCAGGGUAGCCCCUGGGAGUGCUCGACCCUGGCCAGCCCUCCGCUCCCUCCUUCACAGGAACCUGGUCCUCAGGACACACCAGCCAGCCAGGUACUCAUUGACUCCAGAGGGCCUGGAGCUGGCCCAGAAGUUGGCCGAGUCAGAAGGCCUGAGCUUGCUGAAUGUGGGCAUCGGGCCCAAGGAGCCCCCUGGGGAGGAGACAGCAGUGCCAAGAGCAGCUUCAGCAGAGCUUGCCAGUGAAGCAGGGGUCCAGCAGCAGCCACUGGAGCUGAGGCCUGGAGAGUACAGGGUGCUGUUGUGUGUGGACAUUGGCGAGACCCGGGGGGGCGGGCACAGGCCGGAGCUGCUCCGAGAGCUACAGCGGCUGCACGUGACCCACAUGGUGCGCAAGCUGCACGUUGGAGAUUUUGUGUGGGUGGCCCAGGAGACCAAUCCUAGAGACCCAGCAAACCCUGGGGAGUUGGUACUGGAUCACAUUGUGGAGCGCAAGCGACUGGAUGACCUUUGCAGCAGCAUCAUUGACGGCCGCUUCCGGGAGCAGAAGUUCCGGCUGAAGCGCUGUGGUCUGGAGCGCCGGGUAUACCUGGUGGAAGAGCAUGGUUCCGUCCACAACCUCAGCCUUCCUGAGAGCACACUGCUGCAGGCUGUCACCAACACUCAGGUCAUUGAUGGCUUUUUUGUGAAGCGCACAGCAGACAUUAAGGAGUCAGCCGCCUACCUGGCCCUCUUGACGCGGGGCCUGCAGAGACUCUACCAGGGCCACACCCUACGCAGCCGCCCCUGGGGAACCCCUGGGAACCCUGAAUCAGGGGCCAUGACCUCUCCAAACCCUCUCUGCUCACUCCUCACCUUCAGUGACUUCAACGCAGGAGCCAUCAAGAAUAAGGCCCAGUCGGUGCGAGAAGUGUUUGCCCGGCAGCUGAUGCAGGUGCGCGGAGUGAGUGGGGAGAAGGCAGCAGCCCUGGUGGAUCAAUACAGCACCCCUGCCAGCCUCCUGGCCGCCUAUGAUGCCUGUGCCACCCCCAAGGAACAAGAGACACUGCUGAGCACCAUCAAGUGUGGGCGUCUACAGAGGAAUCUGGGGCCUGCUCUGAGCAGGACCUUAUCCCAGCUCUACUGCAGCUACAGCCCCUUGACCUGAGCUUAUGCCGUGAAACAGCCCCCAGCCCCCGUCUGUCCCCCAACCCAGGCUAGCCAGCCUUUUAACAACAUCUUUUGGGGUACAAUUAGAAUCUAAGUGUUUGCAGCCAUAUGUGUCAUGUAGAAGAUGCCUAGCCCUGGGGACCUUGUGAAAUACGCAGGAACCAGGGAUACCAUCUGGUCCAGUGGUUUUUAAACAAAGCUGCUUAGCACCUGGAAUUCCCUGGUCAGGGAGAUGGAGUCAGUGGGGCAUUGCAGCUUGGAAUCUAUUUUAUGUCACCAGUUGGUCCUCAUCAAAUAAAAUUUCCUUAGGAGUGCAGAGGGCUCAUUGGGAAAAUAAAAAUAAUAAAAAUAAAUAAAACUUCCUAAAAGAAAAGAUUGAAAACCA